AUGGCUAGCCAACCGCAGAUCAACCCCAAGAAGCAGCAGGAGCUGCAGCUUCAAUACACGAACUUCAAGAACACGCUGCAACAAAUGGCACAGAAGAUUGGUGAUAUGGAGCAAGAAGGAGAAGAGCACAGACUUGUCAUUGAGACCCUCGAACCUCUCCCGAAAGAACGAAAGUGCUUCCGCAUGGUGAACGGCGUGCUGGUCGAGCGCACAAUCUCAGACGUCCUCCCUGCCCUUAAAACGAACUCUGAUGGAUUGAAACAAGUGCUGGAGGAAAUGCUGAAGCAGUACAAGUCGAAGCAAACAGAGCUGGAUGAGUGGAAGAAAAAGAACAACAUUCAGGUCGUGCAGCCAUAG